AUGCUUACUGAAAGGCACGACACAAAGAUAAUAGAAUUUUGGCUGAAAGAAUGGUUUUCCAACAAAGCUAACAUUCCAUUAGAAAUAGUCACAGAUAUGUCAAAACCUUUACAAAAUGCAAUUUGUUUAGCUUCAAAUAAUAUUACAUAUAAUCAAUAUUUAUCAAUGUGCUAUCGGUUUUUAAUUAAUAAAAGUCAAGUCUUAAUGAAACCUUACCUGCGUAUAGAUAUAGCACACUUUAUACACUGGGUUUCGCGUUUAAGUAGUUUUGCUAAAGCUAAUCUGGCUGUAAAAGACUUUUAUUUACGAGCAUUGGGUUUAAUGACUACUGUAGAUAAUUUGGACAUGAUUACUAAAUUGAUGAGAGCAGUAUUAAAAAUUUGUCAAAAUAAUUAUGGUUGUUCUGACGAUAUUAAGUGGUUACUAAGUAAAAUAAAAACUUUUAAAUUCGACGAUAGUGUUAACUAUAAGGAUUUAAAACACAAUAGUUCUUGUUUACAAAAGAAAUCAUGUGAAGUUCACUUAUCUUGCCAAGAAGAAUUUAUUAACUUGAAUGAUAUUGAACAUCUCUGGGAAGAAAGUGAUGAACUAAGUAAUUUUAUUGAGGAUUUAAUAACAGAAACAAGCACAAAUAAUAAUUCAGAUACAUCAAUUAACUAUAACGACAUUAAUAGCUAUUAUCAUCCUGGAAUUCUACCUGAUUUAAAAAUAUUAUUAAAGAAAUUUCCAUCAUGGUCAAAUGUGAUGAAACCUCAUUAUAAUUGUCAUAAUAAUGUUCCAACUUCAGCUCGAUCUGAAAAUUAUUUUAAAUUUAUUAAGAAUAAUUUAUUAGAAAGUCACCAGCCGAUACGUGUGGAUAAAUUUUUAAUUAAGCAUAUAAGAACAAUUUGGGCAAAAAUAAAAGAAGCAAGAGCUGCUAUUGAACUAUUAAAAAUAGAGCAAAAACAAUUAUAUAAAGAAAAAAAGAUAAAAUGCAAUAAAAUAAAAAUUGACAGCAUAUUGAAUUUACAUGAAAAUUGGAAAAACCAAGUAAGGCCGGAGAAUGUUUCCAUUUCAAGUUCUGAAGACAGUUAUACCGUGGUUGAGGAAUCAACGGCAGUUUCUGAUAUUAAGUUUAAUGAAGAUAGCUUAUCCAAACCAGUAUUAAUCUCUACUCCAACAAAAAAUGAAAAUUUAACUAUCGAUGAUAGCAUUCAAUUAUUAGGGUCUCCAAUUGAUGAUAAGUGUUUGGUAUCAUCAUCUAUCAAUAAUACUUGCCGUUCUUUAGAACAAAACAACAACAAAUCUGAAAUCAAUUUUUCUAUCCAAUUAGAAUCAAAUCAACCUCGUUUUGAACGGAAGUGUAAUAAAUUAUCAAAAAAAAGAAAAGACAUAGAUACAAAAAAUUCAGGUCCGCAACAAAAACAGGGAAAAUAUUUAACGCCUUUUCCAGAAGUUGAAGUUCAUCAUUCUAAUGCGCUAGAUAACAAGAAAUUGAGAAUAAAAAAAUCUAAGAAAAAAAUUAUCAGUAACGGUAUGUUCAUCCCUGCAUAUCCAAUUAAAGGUAAAAAAUUAAGUUUAUAUAAUACCUGUCCUUUUGAUAGCUUGAUGGAAGUUUUAUCCUUUACUUAUCUUAACUACAAUAAUUUUAAAAAUGUUGUAGAUUCUCAAGUAAAACCUAAUUCAUUUUUUUCAUGUUUACUGCAUUAUGCUAAGUUUGGUGCAAAUGUUGCUUUUAACAAAAAACGGCUUAGUUAUUUAAGUAGUAAAUAUCCAAUAGAAAAUUAUUCUGUUAAUUGUAGAGAUGAUGUUUCGGAAGUUUUUGCACGAAUUAUGCAUGAAUUGGAUUGUAAUACUGAACAAAGUUAUUGUCAAAAUAAUGCAUGUAAUUAUGUGAAAAUCGUUAAGGAUCCAGUGUUAAAUAUUAGUGCUACAUUGGUUUGGGAAAACGGAUUAAAGUCGUUAAAAGAUUGUAUUUGCCAAGAAUUGGAAAAAAAAAAUCUUUACUUUUGUGAUAAGUGUCAGAGUAUAUCAGCCAACAAAAUAAUUAACAUCACUUCUUAUUUGUGCCUUAAUAUUGCUCACUUUUACGAACCGUCAAUAUACCUUAAAAAUUUAAAUAAAAAACAACGAGAAUCAUACAAUCUCGAAGAAAUACCUAAAAAUUUAGAUAUACUGAAUAAGAAAUUUAUAUUAUCUGGUCUUAUCGAAUUUGUUCCACCAAUAUUGCCAAAAGGUGUAGGGCAUUAUGUUGCUUACACUAGAUCUCUAAAUAAUAUUUGGACACAAAUUAAUGACACUGAAUCAAAAUCAAAAGUAUUUAGUCCAAGUAUGCGAGAGAUUAGAGCAGUUUUACUAUUUUAUGUGUUAGUAUGA